AUGACGCUGCCAGGCUGUUGGGAUUUCAUUUCCCACAGCAAGAAGGCCUUCGCGUCUGUGUGUAACUACGAGUAUGGCAGAUGCGUGCCCAACACCAUUGAUGGGAAACUCUGCACAGCAGAUACUGAGUGCGCUGCUCCCGGCGUUACAGGCUUCACGUGCCGCCCAGUUAAGACGAACAAGACGCUGAAACGAUGCUGCAGGGCCAAGUGUCCGCCCGGCAUGUGCGGAGCUCGGAAGAAGCCUCUCAAGUACACCAAUGCAUGCGGAGAACAGAUCGUAUGCCCUGGAGUGUGCCCCUAA